UUUAGCGCGAACUUUAAUACCAACCGGAAUACACCGAGGGGAAAGUGCAACCACAUAUACAUCUGUCGCUAUACUGACUCUUGCUGACAACACUUCAGUUAUAUACAGUCAGUGUUUUAUAAAGUAACAGACAUGAGCGCCAUCGCUGUGGAAAUGAAGCCGGCUGAGCCGAUAGCGUUAGCGGUUUCUGGGUAACGAGCAAGCUAGCAACACGGAGAGCUGAGGAGUAUCAACACAGCAGUCACGUCGAGGAAACAGAGAAAAUGAGAAGGAGUCUUGCACCAAGUCAGGUUGCUAAACGGAAGCAAGCAGGAGACUCCUGUGAAGAUGAAGACUGGACAUGUAGGACUGAGAAAAGAAGAAAAAGUGACGGUGAGAUGAGAGAAAACCAUAUUUCUCCUUUCAGAAAGCCUCUGACACAGCUGAACAACUGGCCUGCGUGCAUGGAUGGUGACAAACAUGAGGCAUUUAUUCGAAGUAUCCUCUCCAAGCCAUUUAAAAUUCCAAUUCCUAAUUACACAGGAUCUCUGGGAAUUAGGGCACUUGGUCUAAAGCGUGCAGGAGUAAGGAGAGCGCUGCACGACCCUUUCGCAGAGGAUGCUCUAGUUCUUUAUGAGCCCCAAACUCUGAGCGCUCAUGACCUGAUCAAAGCUGACAAAGAAAAACUACCAGUCCAUGUUGUUGUGGAUCCAGUUUUAGGAAAAGUGCUCAGACCCCAUCAAAGAGAGGGGGUGAAGUUCCUGUGGGAGUGUGUGACGGGCAGACGCAUCUCAGGAUCGUACGGCUGCAUCAUGGCCGACGAGAUGGGUCUGGGGAAGACUUUGCAGUGCAUCACCCUCAUGUGGACCCUGCUACGCCAAAGCCCUGACACCAAGCCAGAGAUAGACAAAGCCAUUGUGGUUUCACCAUCCAGUCUGGUUCGCAACUGGUACAAUGAAGUAGGAAAGUGGCUGGGAGGACGUGUCACCCCAGUGGCCAUCGAUGGAGGUUCAAAGGAUGAGAUCGAUAGACAGCUAGUGAACUUUAUCUCUCAGUAUGGUUUGAGAGUACCGACCCCGAUCCUGAUAAUUUCAUAUGAGACAUUUCGAUUGCACGCUGAGGUUCUGCACAAGGGCAAAGUCGGACUUGUCAUCUGUGACGAGGGCCAUCGGCUGAAGAACUCUGACAACCAGACAUACCAGGCCUUAAAUACCAUGAGUGUCCAGAGGAGGGUGCUGAUAUCAGGCACUCCCAUCCAGAAUGACCUGCUGGAGUACUUCAGCUUGGUCCACUUUGUUAAUGCUGGGAUCCUUGGUACAGCUCAGGAGUUUAAAAAGCGAUUUGAGCUUCCCAUCCUCAAGGGUCGUGAUGCUGAUGCCAGUGAUAAAGACAGACAGACAGGAGAGCAGAAACUCAAGGAGCUGAUCAGUAUCGUCAACAGGUGUUUGAUAAGAAGAACAUCUGAUAUCUUGUCUAAGUAUCUUCCUGUGAAGAUUGAGCAGGUUGUGUGUUGCAGGCUGACUCCACUGCAGACAGAGCUCUAUAAGCGCUUCCUGAGGCAGGCCAAACCCAUUGAGACAUUACAGGAAGGCAAAAUAAGCGUCUCCUCUUUGUCUUCCAUCACAUCUCUCAAGAAACUGUGCAAUCACCCAGCUCUCAUCUAUGAGAAGUGUGUGGAGGGUGAGGAGGGCUUUGAGGGUGCGUUGGAUCUGUUUCCACCUGGCUACUGCACUAAAGCUGUGGAGCCUCAGCUCUCUGGGAAAAUGCUGGUUCUGGACUACAUCCUGGCAAUGACGAGGGCUACAACCAGUGACAAGGUGGUGCUCGUCUCCAACUACACUCAAACACUUGACCUCUUUGAAAAGCUGUGCAGAUCAAGAAGAUACCUCUAUGUUCGACUGGACGGCACAAUGUCCAUCAAAAAAAGGGCCAAGAUUGUGGAGAGAUUCAACAGUCCAUCUAACCCAGAGUUCAUCUUCAUGCUGAGCAGCAAGGCUGGUGGAUGUGGCCUGAACCUGAUUGGUGCUAAUCGCUUGGUUAUGUUCGAUCCUGACUGGAACCCAGCCAAUGACGAACAGGCAAUGGCACGGGUGUGGAGAGAUGGCCAGAAGAAGACCUGCUACAUCUACAGGCUGCUCUCGACAGGAACGAUCGAGGAGAAGAUCCUACAGAGGCAGGCCCACAAGAAGGCCCUGAGCAGCUGUGUGGUGGAUGAAGAGCAGGACGUGGAGCGUCACUUCUCUCUGGGCGAACUCCGAGAACUCUUCACUCUUAAUGCGGAGACCACCAGCGACACACAUGACAAGUUUCGCUGUCGCCGCUGUGUGAAUGGCAGGGAGGUUAGGCCUCCUGCAGACAACUCCGACUGUACCAGUGACCUUUCCCAGUGGAACCACUGCUUCGAAAAGAAGGGCCUGAGGGACCAAGUGCUGAAAGCCUCCUGGGACGCCGCUGUCUCCUUUGUCUUUCACCAGCGCUCGCACGAGGACCAGAAGGGUGUAGUUUAGCAGGAGAAACACACCGCACUUUCUAUCACACUACCACAUGGAUUACAGUAUCUAUUUAUUUGUUGAG